UGCGUGGUACGCGCCAGAUGACGUCACGCCGGCACACGAGGUUGUGUCGUGAGUUCUCCUGUAGCCUCUCAGAAGGCACCGUUUCUACUUAAAUUCCGCGGUUUUACGCCCAACAUGGACCCAACGAACGGACAGUACCAGGAGCCCGAUUCUUGGGAGCAAGUAGCGGACUCAGGACCGGCAAACACCGAGGCACCGCUACAAAUUCAGAAGCCUUUUUCCAGCUUGAACAUCAAUGCCCCGGAUUUCGUACCAUCUUGGUUGACAAAGACCUCUCCGUCCCAGGAACAGCAGCCAGACGCAGCGUCCCCAGCAGCAGGGUCAGCAGACAAUGCCAUGGACGUGGAGACUGCUGCGGGAGGAGAUACACAAGAGCCUAUGGACGACCCAGAGCCACCCCCUGCAGAGCCCAAGCCUGGGACUGUAGACGACAUGGCAGCGGCCAAUGGGGAGUUAGAAGAAGAGGAUGAGGGAGAGCUCAUGGAAGAGGAGGAGGAGGAGGAAGAGGAGGAGGAGGCUGCCAAGGCGACAGCAGCUGUCAAGAAGAAGCCUCCAGAGCCAGAUGAACCCUCUGCGCCUCUCAAGGAGCACAUCAAUGUCAUCUUCAUCGGCCAUGUUGAUGCCGGAAAGUCUACCAUUGGAGGCCAGAUCAUGUACCUGACUGGUAUGGUGGACAAAAGGACACUGGAGAAAUAUGAGAGAGAAGCGAAGGAGAAGAACAGAGAGACUUGGUACCUGUCAUGGGCAUUGGACACCAACCUGGAGGAGAGGGAGAAAGGCAAGACAGUGGAAGUAGGGAGAGCGUACUUUGAGACAGAGAGAAGGCACUUCACCAUUCUCGACGCUCCUGGUCACAAGAGCUUUGUGCCCAACAUGAUCGGUGGAGCCUCGCAAGCUGACAUAGCUAUUCUGGUGAUUUCUGCUCGGAGAGGAGAGUUUGAGACAGGAUUUGAGAGAGGAGGUCAGACGAGAGAGCAUGCCAUGCUGGUGAAGACAGCAGGAGUCAAGCACAUAGUUGUAGUUAUCAACAAAAUGGACGAUCCCACGGUCGAAUGGAGUCAAGCAAGGUAUGAAGAAUGCAAGGAGAAACUUAUCCCAUUCCUGAAGAAAGUUGGCUUCAACCCCAAGAAGGAUCUCUACUUUAUUCCCGUAUCGGGAUAUACCGGUGCCAACCUCAAAGAACCAGACAGAGAGAUCUGUCCCUGGUACAGUGGCCCACCCCUAAUCCAGUACCUAGAUGAAUUGCAAAGUAUCGACAGAAGGACGGACGGGCCCAUCCGAGUGCCUAUCACAGACAGAUACAAGGACAUGGGCACAGUGGCACUGGGCAAGCUGGAGUCAGGAACAAUCACCAGAGGCAUGCAGCUGUUGCUCAUGCCAAACAAGACAACUGUAGAAAUCCUGGCCCUACAGUCAGAUGAGAAUGAAGUGGAAAGUGCCAGUCCUGGAGAGAACCUGAAGCUGAGACUCAAGGGUAUAGAGGAAGAGGACAUUAUCCCAGGCUUCGUGUUGUGUUCACCAGACAAUGUGUGCAGCACAGGGAGGGUGUUCGAUGCUCAGGUGGUGAUCCUGGAGCACAAGUCCAUCAUCUGUGCCGGCUACAGCUGCGUGAUGCACUGCCACGCCUGCGUGGAGGAGGUGCAGUUCAAGGUAUUGCUAGCAUUGGUGGAUAGGAAGACAGGCAAAAUCGACCAGACGAAGGGGAGGCCACGUUUCAUCAAGCAGGACAACAUCGUGAUUGCUCGGUUGGAGGCCACAGGACUCAUCUGCAUCGAAACCUUCAAGGACUUCCCUCAAAUGGGCCGCUUCACUCUACGAGAUGAAGGUAAAACCAUUGCCGUUGGCAAGGUGCUGAAGCUGCGAGAAUAAGAGAUGACCCCAAACAACCCAGAGCUGAAACAUCUGGUCAAUCAAGAGGACUCUGGACCCUUCCACUAAACAAUCUACCCUGAGCUUGACAAGAUUUUGAUAAAUAAUAGGCUCAGGCCAGGCCUUUGUUUAGGUUCCACGUCACAAAGUCAUCUCUUGAAUAUAGGCUAAUGUAAGGAAGGAUGGUUCAGAAAUUCUUCCACAUAAAAAAAGAAAUAGUGAUCAGCACAGAACUGGGCAGUAAAUAGUGAGAGUAAAAGCAGCACAUCUUGUUGUAUAGCUGGGGCAGAAGGGGGGGGGGGUUACACCAAGCCUUUGUAGUGGAAAGAGAGAAUUCUAUGAGGUGGCUUUUCAGUUUUGGCUUUAAAACAGUGGAUUUGUUGACUCGAGACCCGUUUGUACCGUUUUGUUUAUCUCAAAUAGCUUCUUCCACUUAGAAGAACAGCCCGUUAGCAGUUUGGAGACAUUUGUGAUUUUUAUUUUCAAAGAAAGUUAUUACCUCAAAGCAUAAGGACAAAAAUGCUGUCCUUAUGGACCUACAAUGGAAGUGACUUGAUAAGGAAAAUCUUUUGAAUAGUCAACAGGUCCACUUGUUACAUCAAGCCAAAGUUGAUCUGCAGGCCCUGACUGACAAAAAAAGUUGUCACCUUCAGUGUUUUCCUGUAACUUGCAGUUCCCUUGCCUUCUCCACAGAAAACUGACAAACAUUAACAUCCUGCUGUCAUAGAUAGCAGGGAGCUGCAGAGAUACACAAUAAACAAUACACUGAACACUGCUGUUACCUCCUCUUAUUAUCAAUGCAAUGUCUGGGGGAUGAAUGUUAAAUGGUGAAGACCAGCAGCAAAACUAAAAUGAUGUUCGGUAUGAAAUACAUCUACAUGUAUCUGUACAGCUGGUACAGUGUUACAGCUCUCUUGGGUAACACCCGAGCAUCUACUGGAAGUUGCUAAUUGACUUGGAAAUGCAGAGUGUUUGCCAUUAAGUGUGGCAUGGUCUGUCUUAGUCUUUCCAACUAGCCUUCCAAACUACUACACCUCAAAAGAAUGCACGGAUGAAAGUCAGAGAAGCUUAUUUUUAUCACUUUCUUUGCAGACAUGUAAAAGGGAAAAGCUUGUGGAAAAGAGAUAAAGCUGUUUUCAGGAAUAGGUCAGAAAAAAACGAUGUUGAUCCGUCACACCAUGUGUCUUUUACUCUGCCAUAUUUUUGUUUUCCCAUUCCUUGUGUUCAGAAAGGUGUCAUUGCCACAAUACAAGCAUAUUUGUAUUUGCCAUAAAACAUGUUGAUUGUACUUCAUUGCUUGUACUACAGCAAGGGUAAUUUAAGAAAAGCAAGUCUAUGGGAAACACUGAAAAUGUCGACCUUGCUGCAUGUAGGUACCAUUAGCGGGGGGGAGUUUGUACGUGGGUGAAGUUAAAACGAUAUUUCUCAAUCAGAUGUGGAAAUCUGAGUGCUCAUGUGUACCUGGCCUGGUGUUGGUAGUGGGGAGACUCUGCAUUGUAGGCCUGGCAAAUGGAGAUAUACAAUAUGUAUGUGCUACAACAAUCGUUUGUGACAAAUUUCUAUAUAAGUUGGGAUUGGGUUGGGAGGGGGGGAGGGCAACAAUACUAGAGAUCAAACAUUUGUGCAAAUAUUUUGAUAAAUGUAGAAAACUGCAUAUAUCGCCACAUACUUUGGUUUCCCUGGUUCUCUGUAGGUUUUCUUAGAAAUGAAAAAUGAAGUAUGGUAACAUGGAAGCAUGCCAAAGAGAAAGCUACAUAUUGGAGUACAACUGUACAAGCACGCUUUUUUUUCAUGUCAUCAGUCAGCUCCAUCUUGAUUUCAAGAAAAGCCGAGAGCCAAGGAAAUGUGAAGCUGUGGCCUUUUGUUAUUGUGAGAAUGUGCAGCGUGAAUGGAAGCAUGGUAUUGGGCCCAUGACUGUGUAACUGACAAUACCAUGUAGUCUCUAUUGUAAUAGUGCACCUUUAUUUACGUUUCAUUACCAUGAGAAGCUCUGAUAAAGAAAGUUAUGAGUAUCCACAUCGAUGCUGCCGUGUGUUGGUGUUGUGUGUGUUAAGUGCAUAAAGGUGCUAACAAACAAGUUGGAAGGUGUUGAAGGUUUUUCUGAGAGAGUGGAGUGGUGAAUACUGGGCAAAAUGGUACUACCCAGUUGAGAAAAGGAUAUUCCUUAUUAAAGGGAAAUUUUUGGCAUCAUGUUUCUUUUACUUUCUUUUUCAGCAUUGAUAAAAUGGUGCAGGUUCUGCUUGCAUUCCUGAUGUAGCAAUACUGCAGGACUAGGAGAGGCUUGUAUUUUGUUCAGUUAAGUUGGCACUAUAGCUACAAUUGAUCAGCUUGUGUACAAAUAACAAACUUAGUGCUCACUCUAGUACUAUGCAUUUAUGAUUUACGAUGUUAUACCUGGUCUAAGUAAGAAAAAGUCUAGCUUAAGUCAGAGUGGUAGUGAUUGGUAUGAAGUUACAUGUAUCUGUCUGCAUAUAUGGGCACACCUAACAUUUCAUUUGACGAGAUCUGUAACUACAAUUUCAUGCCUGGCCUUAACAUUGUCUUGUCAAUACACUUUUCAAGUCGAAUGUAUGUUUUGUUGUACAAGUAUUUUCAUUGAAACGGCUUUUGCAGACAAUGCUGCUAGGCUAAACAUGUAUGCCAGACUAUUGCAGAUGUUUUGUUUUGUUUUGAGAAGGAAAUAUGUCCAUAUGAAACCAUGCUUACCAUUCUUUGUAAAAUCUCCCUGUUAUAAGGGAGUUUCAUUCAAACACCACCAGUUAUUAACAUGUCUUUAUCACUCCAUGCGACAUGGAACACCUCAGCUGCAUUAUUAUAUUUAUGUGUGUUUGAUCUGGUAAUGAUACUCAAGUUUGUGUAUUGAUAAUUUUGGUAGUUCAUUCGUACAGCUGUUUAGUGACAAAGAAUGCUCUUUAAUAUAGGUACAGGGAAGGUUUGUAGGGAAGUAGACGGUUGCUAGACUAGCUGUUGAUGCUACGCCAUCAGUAAUUUCUCACAACAAACUGCCUACUGUGGCAAGCACACCAUUGAGAACAUGGCAGUUGAUAUACAUAUUUUUAUUUUUCAUGCCCUCAGAAACAGGCCACACUGAAAGUGGAAGACCAUGAAAGACAUACAGAAGAUUCCACCACUUGCAAUAACUAUCAUCAUUAUAUAAAUCCUGUGUUGAAGUCAUGAGAAAUGUCUGCAUUUAUGAAAUCUUGAAAAUCCGUGAUUACUGGUAUGAAUGAGACGUUAUGUUUGCUUGAUAUUUACUGCUGUUGCCUGACGCUUGUAAGUCGCAUAUGACCUACAGGGCAUGGAAGUGAGCAAUGAGAAUCACUGUUUUUCUUUUAGUAAUAAAAAUGUUUUAAUGCA